AAACAAAUUCAUGAAGAGUUCAUUUACAGGCCUAGAACAUCCAUCCUUUCACUAAUCACUAGAGGUACUUGAGAAAACCACGUGGGCACAUAUUCUUUGAUGGAUGUAAUGUUCCUGGUUCAUCUUGUUUUAUAAGAUUUCAGUUCGCUGGCGAUUGGUUGUUUGGUCGCCAUAUCGAGAUUAAGUUCCCUCUAUUUUGAUUUUAAGACGUGGAAAUGCAUCCUCCAUUGACAUUACAUAGACACCCAAUGUGUGCUGAAAUAAUCGAACUGUUUCAGAAGUGCCAUAAUGAGCAUCCUUAUGGAAAAUUCUUUGGUGAGUGCACAGAUCUCAAGAUAAAGCUCGAUAAAUGUUUCCGUCAGGAAAAAGCGGUAAAGAGGAAGGCCAAUUUUGAAGAGAGUAAGAAAUUGAAAGAGAGAUUACAAGCAUAUAGGAAAGAAGCUGCAGCUGAAACUGAGAAUGUCAUGUGAAGAACAACUUUUUUCAUUGAAAUGAGAGCAUUUUCAUUUAAUAACCAAACAAGUUUCAUGGUAGCACUUAAAAGACGUUCUUUGUUUACCUCUUAAUGAGACUCUUAAUGGUUUAGACCUCUUAUAAAUAAGUUCUAGAUGUGUUAGUAGUGCCGACUUAAAUCGUUAAAGUGAACAAGACCAAUUUUGAAUUAA